AUGCCUGUGUUUUUCUCUGCUUACGCAGGUAAUAAUCGUCUCAAAAUGGUGAAGAAACGCAAUGAGGGAAAAACUAAUCCAAAAUUGAAGCAGAAGCCUAACUAUGGUCCGGUCAAAAACAAGCAUACCUUCAAAGGCUCUAACCACAGUAUGAAUCCAGAUCGACCCAAAGAUGCGAAAAGCUCUCAUCUUCGAUCCAAAGCUACUAUAAAUCGUUUGCGGAUGUAUAAAAGCUUCAAGGCGAUACGUGACAAGGAUGGUAAAAUACUCAAAGCUGCACCUUUCCAAGGAUGGUUGAAGUCUGGGACUGUAGCUAGGGUGGAACCUAAUAGGAAAUGGUUUGGUAACACUCGAAUUGUGGGUCAGGAACAACUUCAGAAGUUUCAAGAAAAUCUGGGCAAAGUUAUGCGGGAUCCUUUCCAGGUUGUCAUGAAGCAAACAAAGCUUCCAAUCAGCUUGCUGCAAGAAAAAGCAAAGCAGCAACGAGUUCAUGUCACAGACACCGAGUCGUUUGAGUACACGUUUGGUAAAAAGUCGCUAAGAAAGCGAGCAAAGCUAGCAUGUUCAUCGCUAGAGGAAAUGUCAAAAUCUGUAGAAGAAAGAGUAGAGACCUAUGACUUUACGAAAGAUCGUGAUUUACAAGUUGAUGAAAGGGAGCGAUGGGAGAAUCCGAAUCCGUUGUUCAAAGCAGGACAGAGUAAUCGCGUCUGGGGAGAGCUCUACAAGGUGCUGGACUCUUCCGAUGUUGUUGUGCAAGUCAUCGAUGCUCGUGAUCCCCAGGGCACGAGGUGCCGGCAUGUGGAAGAAUUUUUGCGCAAAGAAAAACCUCACAAACAUUUGGUGGCUGUGAUCAAUAAGGUGGACCUGGUACCCACAUGGGUUACUCGAAAAUGGAUAAGCGAACUCUCGAAAGAUAUGCCCACCAUAGCAUUUCAUGCCUCUAUCCAGCACUCAUUUGGAAAGGGUGCAUUGAUCAACAUCUUACGGCAGUUCGCAGCGCUGCAUAAGGAUAGACAACAGAUUAGCGUUGGGUUUAUCGGAUAUCCGAAUGUUGGAAAAUCUUCUAUUGUCAACACGCUGCGGAAGAAGAAAGUGUGUAAGACGGCACCAAUAGCUGGCGAAACAAAGGUUUGGCAGUAUGUGAUGUUAAUGCGACGGAUUUACAUGAUAGACUGCCCCGGAGUUGUUUAUCCGCAGGGUGAUUCAGAAACACAGAUUAUCCUCAAAGGAGUUGUUCGAGUUGAAAAUGUAAAGGAUCCUGAAAAUCAUGUGCAAGGUGUGCUUGACCGGGUAAAGCCGGAACAUUUGAAGAAACAGUAUGGAAUUGACGAUUGGACCGAUGCGGAAGAUUUCAUGACCAGGGUUGCUGUGAAACAGGGUCGCCUUUUGAAGGCUGGAGAGCCAGACAUCACUGCAGUUGCCAAAUCUGUAUUGAAUGAUUUCCAACGUGGUAAAUUGCCAUACUUUGUCGUGCCACCUGGGUGUGAAGAACGUGCAGAGAAAGACUACAAUGAGGCUCCAAUAAACGAAACAUGUGCUGAUGAUAGCGAGGUUGUAAGCGAUGUUGUUAGCGAAGUGGCUGAUGGAGACGAUCUGGAUGAAGAAGGAGAAUCGAGUAAGCAGGAAGGCAGCAGUAAUGCUGAAGAUAUGGAUGAGGAUGACGAACUUACCGACGUUGGUUCACUCUGUUCUGGUCUAAGCGAUCUGUCGGGAGUGAGUGAUUUGGAGGAAGACUUCGAUGCCAUGCAUUCUGAUGAAGAGGAAAAAGAGAGGAAAAAAGCUGAAGAGAAAUCAUCUGCAGCAAUGAAAAGAGGUCGCGGUGUUCGCGCUGGCAAAAAACACGCGAAAAAGCAACGAUUGUCUGCGAAGUCGAUAGUACAAGCGGCAAGUGAAGCUUCGAGCUCUGGAGUUGUCGAUUUUGGUCCAAAGAAUGCCAAAGCAAAUAAGAAUAAUCAAUGGCGAAGAAAGCUGCAGAAAAGGCAAAAAGCAAAGCAUCAGCAGUAGGCACGAAUCGACCUAGAUUACAUUGUUUCACAGUUUUUAUUGUUACUCGGUACGCUGUUUGUCAGGGCUUCUGUCCCCUGUUGUUGUUUCUAUGCUGUUUCUUGUUGUAUUUCCAGUUUGGAAAUUAAAAGUUGUUGAAGAUAAAGAAAUCCUAUGAA